AUGUCUUCAAUAGAUGUCGAUCAUCUUAACUAUAUCCCACUCGUCCCCUAUAAUGGCUCAGGCCCGACGGGUGGUGAUUCGCUUACCGAAGAUUUUAACAUUUGGUACGAGACAGGAGACUAUGCAUGGAUGCUCACAUCCACUGCACUGGUUCUCUUGAUGAUUCCCGGUGUUGGCUUCUUUUAUUCGGGACUCGCGAGAAGAAAGUCGGCCCUUUCACUCAUCUGGCUGUCGAUGAUGUCGACGGCUGUUGUUAGCUUUCAGUGGUUUUUUUGGGGUUACUCUCUAGCCUUCUCCCACUCAGCGGGCAGCUUCUUGGGAAACCUUGAAAAUAUCGGGUUUCGAAAUGUUCUUGGUCAAACAUCUGUAGGCAGUUCGAAAAUACCGGACCUUCUCUUUGCAUUGUACCAGGGAAUGUUCUCAUGCAUUACUGUAGCUUUGGCAAUCGGAGCAGCGGCAGAGAGGGGUCGCAUGCUUCCAUGUGUCGUUUUCAUGUUCGUCUGGGCUACUUUGGUUUAUGAUCCUAUCGCAUGUUGGACAUGGAAUGCUACAGGAUGGUCCUUUAAAAUGGGGGGGCUUGACUUUGCCGGAGGCACUCCAGUGCAUAUUUCUUCCGGUUCUGCGGCGCUGGCUUAUUCAUUAAUGCUCGGAAAGAGACGAGGGCAUGGGACUCAUGAACUGAAUUAUCGUCCACACAAUGUUACACACAUUGUUCUCGGGACUGUCUUCCUCUGGGUUGGGUGGUUCGGCUUCAAUGGUGGAUCCGCACUUUCUGCGAAUCUAAGGGCUGUUAUGGCUUGCGUCGUGACAAACCUCUCAGCCUCUGUUGGAGGAAUUACUUGGUGUCUUCUUGAUUAUCGCCUUGAACAGAAGUGGUCAACCGUUGGUUUCUGUUCAGGAGUAAUUGCUGGUCUUGUUGCGAUAACUCCAGGUUCCGGUUUUGUUCCCCCAUGGGCUGCUGUCAUAUACGGGGUCGUGGGUGGUGCGGCUUGCAACUACGCCACAAAGCUCAAGUUCGUCAUCGGCGUGGACGAUGCCCUGGAUAUUUUUGCAGAGCAUGGAGUCGGCGGCAUUGUCGGUAACAUUAUGACUGCCUUUUUUGCAGCCGAUUACAUUGCGCAUUUGGAUGGUUACAGUGAAAUUGAUGGUGGUUGGAUCAAUCACCACUGGAUCCAACUCGGCUAUCAAGUAGCUGACUCCGUUGCUGGAUUCGCCCUUCGAGCAAGUGAAGAGGCUGAAAUACUUGGAAUCGAUGAUGCCGAGCUUGGCGAAUUUGCCUACGAUUAUGUUGAGCUCGCUCGCGAGGUCAUUUCUGAGGACGAUUCCGCUCCUAAAUUCUCUUCGGAAACUGGCACUGCUCUGGGUCACAGUACAGGCGAAACGCCAGAGAAGCCUUAA